GGAGUUGCGGAGGGAGGGGGCGGCCCGGCCCGGCCCAGCUCUACCCCUAGCCGGCCCGACCCCGGCCCCGGCCCCAGGACCAGUCCUUAUCUGAUCCCAGCUCCGGUUUAAGAGUCCUGGCCCUGACCGUCACACAGCUCGUUUCCUCACUCCUGCCCGCCCCGUCUGUCUGUCUGUACCACUACCCAUCCGAGGGGCUACUCCACCCGGACCCAAGAUGACAUCAGUUGCCAAGGUAUAUUACAGUCAGACCACUCAGACAGAAAGUCGGCCCCUGAUGGGCCCAGGGAUACGACGGCGGAGAGUCCUGACAAAAGAUGGUCGCAGCAACGUGAGAAUGGAGCAUAUUGCUGACAAACGCUUCCUCUACCUCAAGGACCUGUGGACAACCUUCAUCGACAUGCAGUGGCGCUACAAGCUUCUGCUCUUCUCUGCAACUUUUGCAGGCACCUGGUUCCUCUUUGGCGUGGUGUGGUAUCUGGUAGCUGUAGCUCAUGGAGACCUGCUGGAGCUGGGCCCCCCAGCCAACCAUACCCCCUGUGUGGUACAGGUACACACACUCACUGGGGCCUUCCUCUUCUCCCUCGAAUCCCAGACCACCAUUGGUUAUGGUUUCCGCUACAUCAGUGAGGAGUGCCCACUGGCCAUUGUGCUUCUGAUUGCCCAGCUGGUACUCACCACUAUCCUGGAAAUCUUCAUCACAGGUACCUUCCUGGCAAAGAUUGCUCGUCCCAAGAAGCGGGCUGAGACCAUUCGUUUCAGCCAGCACGCAGUCGUAGCAGCCCACAAUGGGAAGCCCUGCCUUAUGAUCCGAGUCGCCAAUAUGCGUAAGAGCCUCCUCAUUGGCUGCCAGGUGACAGGCAAACUGCUUCAGACACACCAGACCAAGGAGGGCGAGAAUAUCCGGCUCAACCAGGUCAACGUGACUUUCCAAGUAGACACGGCCUCUGACAGCCCCUUCCUCAUUUUACCCCUUACCUUCUACCAUGUGGUAGAUGAAACCAGUCCCUUGAAAGACCUCCCGCUUCGCAGUGGUGAGGGUGACUUUGAGCUGGUGCUAAUCCUAAGUGGGACAGUGGAAUCCACCAGUGCAACUUGCCAAGUGCGUACUUCUUACCUGCCAGAGGAGAUCCUUUGGGGCUAUGAGUUCACACCUGCCAUCUCACUGUCAGCCAGUGGCAAAUACGUAGCUGACUUUAGCCUUUUUGACCAAGUUGUGAAAGUGGCCCCUCCUAGUGGCCUCCGUGACAGCACUGUACGCUAUGGAGACCCCGAAAAGCUCAAGCUGGAGGAGUCAUUAAGGGAACAAGCUGAGAAGGAGGGCAGUGCCCUUAGUGUGCGUAUCAGCAACGUCUGAUAGCUUGGUUUCCUACCUCCCUAUCCCUCUGGUUUCAUUUCCCCUUUUGGUACACCGGGUGAGGAUAUUACCCAGGCUUACUGGAGAGUUCCAGAAGCACUCAUUCCCUACUCCCUCUCCUUUAACCCAGUGGCCUGUGGGUAGUCUAGGCCAACUGGAGUCCAAAUUUUCCUCCCAUUCUCUCCUUUCACUGUACCCCACUUCCACCGCAUUAUACACACCUCUCCUAAGCCAGGAUGGGGGAAGGAGAGGGAAGAUUAGGCUGAAGUGGUUUAGAGGCCUCAGCCAUGCUUGGAGACUCAUGUUAGGAGGACCAUGCAGUUGGAUGGAGAGACUCCCCCCACCUCCCACCACCAGCAGAAAGUUUGCUGACUUGAGGAUGAAGCCCCCUCCCUCUCUAACUUUCCAUCUAGCAAGUUCCUUAAGGCAAGAUUCUCUGAUGGUCCCUUUGGGGUUUGUGUCCUCAGAAAUAUAGGAAUCUGCAAUCAACUUAUCCUGGGAUCUCUGCCAACCCGUUGAAAGAAGUCAGGGUUUUUCAUGGCGAAUUUCUGUUGGGACCUCCUGACUAUAACCUAGGACCCUGGUUACCUCUGUUCUCCUCUUUCUAAAGUGGACCCUCUCUUAGGAUACCCAGUUCUCUCACAGAUUCCUGUGCUCUCAGAGAAUUAGGUUGACCCAGGAAAUAGAAAACCGAUAGUCACAACCACACCUGCAUCCAUCUUGGAUUCUGAACUCUUCAAUGUGGAGUGACCAGUGCAGAGCUGUUGUCCAAAUCCUUAAACCUGUCCUCCAGGCUGCCCUGGGAAGAUUGGUUUCCCUGUGUCCUGUGAAUGGGAUGCCCCUCGUCAAUAUGUUUCCCUGGAAAGAGUCCAGCACCUAGACCCCAUGGAAAGCU